AGAAGCCCGGGGAGGGCGCGAGGGGGCAAGGUCCCCGCACUUCGAGGGCAAUACGCGGGGCCACGCGGCCUGUACCCGGGGGCUGCCAUCCGCUUCGGGUGCCCCUCCUGAGCGGGAUGCCCCGGCUGCCGCCUGACCUGACCGCCCAAUCCGGGCCCAGAACCCUGGAAGGCGCGUCGGUCACUUCCGGCCAGGACCGGAAGUCCGCGAACGGCGCCCGCCUCGCGCUACGACGCACUUCCGGCCUGAGGGGCCGCUGUCCUCACGGCCUCCAGUAGGGGGCGCUAGGGCCUCGGUAACAAGGCGAAGGCCUUUAGCCCUCGCGCGUUCUGAGAGUUCGCAGUCCCCACCCCUAACCCCUCUAAUCAAUUCCGGGUCCUUUUCGCGAGCCAGUGACGCCAUUUCCGGGGAUGGGAAGGCUAGGAAGAGAGCACAAGAGUAAUGAUUACAUGUCCCGACAGGCCUCGGGAGUAGCGGCCCAGUGCCUGGUGGGAGAUGUAGUUCAUCGGGCACAGCAGCUGCGGCGCUCGGCCGGCGAAGGACUCGGUUUCCCAGAGGGCCGAGCACGACGCAAGAUGGAGACGGCCGGGCCGCGGUAACCCGCAGCCUCCCUGGAGCAGCUGGAGCAGGUGGAGCAGCUGGAGCAGCUGAGCAGGUGGAGCAGCUGAGCAGGUGGAGCAGCUGAGCAGAGCCGCGCAGGGGUCUUCGUGUUGAGGACACAGCCCGCCUCUGGCCGCGGGGCUCGGGCACCGGCACCGGGCACCCAGGAAGGUGUGCGGCCCAGGACGCAUGGCGGAGGUGGGGGCCGGCGAGCCCUCCCCUGGCCUGGAGGUCGAGCAGGGGACGGAGUACGACGUCCUGUCUCCGCCCACCGUCUCCCUCAGCGACUCCGACUCGGACUCCGACCUCAGCUGGCCCGGCAGCGCCCCGCUGGAGGCCCUGACCCCCGAGCGGCUGCCCGGGGAGGCCCAGGGGGACUCGGGCCCCGACAGCCCCCCCUCGUCGCCCAGGGGCCCCCCCGCCGCCGCCGUGCAGCCGUUCCACCUGCGGGGCACCAGCAGCACCUUCUCUCAGCGCAGCCACAGCAUCUUCGACCGCCUGGAGGGGGCGGCCAGGCAGGCGCUGCCCCCCGAGGGCCCGGCGGGCCUGGGUGACGGCGGGGGCUUCAAGCAGCCCCGGGUGCCCUCCAGCCGGCCCCGUCAGAGCCUCGUCCCCCCGAGGGUGCCCCCCGUGCCCGACUACGUGGCCCACCCCGAGCGCUGGACCAGGUACAGCCUGGAGGACGUGGCCGAGGCCAGCGAGCAGAGCAACCGGGCGGCCGCCCUGGACUUCCUGGGCUCCCCGCGUGGGGCUGCGCCUGGCAGCUACGAGCCCUCCUUCAACCAGGACCCGUCCAGCCGCGGGGAGGGGAGGGUCGUCUUCUCCAAGCCCACCCGCGCCGAGGCCAGGCCCGCCAGGCCGGAGAGGAAGAGGGUCCUGCCGGAGGCGGGGGGCCCCGUGGAGCUGGCGCACCUGGCCAGGCCUGGGAGCCCGGAGGCUGAGGAGUGGGGCGGCCCCCACGGGGGCCUGCAGGAGGUGGGCGUGCCUGAGGGGGCCCCCCACAGUAGGCCGGCGGCAGGCCCCCCGGCGGUGGAGACGGUUGGCUUCCACGGCAGCAGGAAGCGGAGCAGGGACCACUUGCGGAGCCAGAGUGCGGCCCCCGAGGCCCCCGGUGCUGAGGGCUGACAGCGAGACGGCCCCCAAGUCAGGAGCCCCACCCCGGGGGCUGGGAGCCAGGCGGGCAGCCUGUAGGAGGCGCGUGGCCUGGUUGGGCUCAGGCAGUGGCUUUGGGGCUGGGACCUUGCCAAGGGGACUGGAAGCUGGGCCUGCGGUGCCCCUGGAGGAGCAAUAAAGGUUUUGGGUUUUA